CCGGGCCGGGCAGCGCGGGACGCGGCGGAGCUGCCUAUCGCCAUGGGCGGUGGGUGCCGGGCCCGGGUCCCCCCGGCCGCGCUGCGGCUUCUUGUCACCCACGCGAUGCUGCUCUGCGCCGCCGGGAGCGCCGCGGCCGCCGGCACCGUCAAUCCAUGCUGCUAUUACCCCUGCCAGCACCUGGGUGUGUGUGUGCGCAUCGGCCUGGAAGGCUACGAGUGUGACUGCACACGGACGGGGUACUUUGGGGCCAACUGCACCUCACCUGAGCUCUGGACACGCUUACGUGACCUGCUGAAGCCCAGUCCUGCCUUUUACCACUUUGUCCUCACUCACUUCAGGUGGCUCUGGGACAUCAUCAACAGCACAUUCAUCAGAGACACUCUGAUGAGGCUCGUGCUCACAGUUCGCGCCAACCUCAUCCCCAGCCCUCCCACCUUCAACUCCCAGUAUGGCUACAUCAGCUGGGAGGCCUACGCCAAUGUCAGCUAUUACACGCGCAUCCUCCCACCGGUGCCGAAGGAGUGCCCCACACCCAUGGGGACCAAAGGGAAGCAGCAGCUCCCCGACGCCCAGCUGCUGGCUGAGCGCUUCCUGCUGCGGCACAAAUUUGAAGCUGACCCCCGGGGCACCAACUUGAUGUUUGCCUUCUUCGCCCAGCAUUUCACCCAUCAGUUCUUCAAGACCUCUGGAAAGAUGGGACGCGGUUUCACCAAGGCACUGGGGCAUGGGGUGGACCUGGGGCACGUGUAUGGGGACAACCUGCAGCGGCAGCACCAGCUGCGGCUCUUCCAAGAUGGGAAGCUCAAAUUCCAGGUGGUGAACGGGGAGGUGUACCCCCCCUCUGUCACCGAGGUGCCGGUGCACAUGGUCUACCCGCCUGCCAUCCCCAAGGAGAAGCAGCUGGCAAUGGGGCAGGAAGUGUUUGGGCUGCUGCCAGGGCUCUGCAUGUAUGCCACGCUCUGGCUGCGUGAGCACAACCGCGUCUGUGACAUUCUGAAGCAGGAGCAUCCCACCUGGGGCGACGAGCAGCUCUUCCAGACAGCGCGGCUCAUCCUCAUUGGGGAGACCAUCAAGAUUGUCAUUGAGGACUACGUCCAGCACCUCAGCGGGUACUUCCUGAGCCUCAAGUUUGACCCUGAGCUGCUGUUCGAGCAGCAGUUCCAGUACCGGAAUCGCAUUGCGGUGGAGUUCAACCAGCUCUACCACUGGCACGGGCUGAUGCCCGACUCCUUCAUCAUCCAGGGACAGGAGUACAGCUAUGAGCAGUUCCUCUACAACACCUCCAUGCUCAUGGACUACGGUAUAGAAGCCCUGGUGGAGUCCUUUUCCAGGCAGACUGCAGGAAGGAUCGGUGGGGGGCAAAACAUCAAUGCCAACAUAUUGGGAGUGGCCGUUGGAGUCAUCGAGGAGUCGCGGCAGCUGAGGCUGCAGCCCUUCAAUGAGUACCGGAAGAGGUUUGGCCUGAAGCCCUACGUGUCCUUCCAGGAGCUCACAGGAGAGGAGAAGAAGGCAGCAGAGCUGGAGGAGCUGUAUGGAGACAUCGAUGCUCUGGAGUUUUAUCCAGGGUUGCUGCUUGAGAAACCCCAACCCAACGGCAUCUUUGGGGAAAGCAUGGUGGAGAUUGGCGCUCCAUUUUCACUGAAGGGACUUCUUGGGAAUCCCAUCUGCUCCCCAGAGUACUGGAAGCCCAGUACCUUUGGUGGAGCAACCGGCUUCGAGAUCGUCAAGACAGCAUCACUGGAGAAACUCGUGUGCCUCAAUGUGAAGAAGUGUCCGUACGUGGCGUUCCGUGUGCCGGAUGCAGUGGCAGCAGGCGAGACUGACAGCAGCCGUGCGGGUGGAGCAUCAUCCACAGAGCUGUAGCAGCAGCACAGCCCACACAGGCAGCGCUGGGGCCGGUGCUCUGCUCAUCCCGUGCCAGCAGAGCCUCCUGCCCUGGGUGGGCUCCAGCCCCACACCAGCAGGGAGAGGCUGGUGCUCACCUUGGGAAGAGCUCGAGUGCCUGAGGAUAACUCAGCAGACCUAAUCUUCCUACCACUGCCUUGCACUAAGCCAGCUUGGGAGCUCACUUGGUAAAUCCCAGUGUCCCAGGAUGCUCGUGGCCUCUCUGCCCCUCUCCCUCAGCUCCCACUGCCCACUCCUGCUGUGGGGCAUCAUACUCCAGAGAGCAUGCAGCACACAGAGCCUUCCUGGCCUCAUUGGGGAGGAUGUGCUGCAGAUGUGCUGCAGGCCGUGCUCUCACCUGGUUCUCCACAGCAGCCCCUCUCUGCCUUCCAUCCUGCCUGGCACUGGACAGAGGGUGACCAUGCCAGCUGCCCAGCCCUGGGGAGCUCCCAGAGCCCUGUGUCCCCCCUUUGUAGUGCUGUCCUGGCAUACAACAGGCUGCUCUGAGCUACCUCUGUGCACAUCACCCUAUAAAGACUCCCCCACCCUCUGCUCAUUGCACUUUCCUGCAUUAAUAGCUCAGUAAACAACGUUCCAAAGGCACACCGCCUGCUUGACCUGCUCCACAGCACAUGCAGACAUAAGCCCUCACCAACAGCAUGACGUGAUCACUGGCAGCCAGGGCUGCUGGCCUUAGUCCCAGCCAGAUCCUAGAAAAUGGACCUCUAAAAUAAACAAUGUUAAAAACCACUCUCAUUUCCUCCAAGUUCUCAGGCUUUCGCAGUGCAGAGACAGGCCAAGGCAGGUGCCUGGGACCCAGGUGGAGGUGGGGAAGGCUCAGCAGCACUCAAACGGGGCACAGGGAUUUCCUGGGUCCCAGCCCUUGCUGAAGUUGCCAUGCUUGGGUAGAAGCAUGGUCAGACAGCAAAUGGCAUCCAGUGGGAGCAGCACACAGCUGAGGACUGCUGCCAUGUCCCCAGGCAUCACCACGCACUGCGAUCCGUGCACUGUGUGCUUCCAGUGUCACACUGGCAGAGCAUGCCUGUGGCCUUGCUGUGUGCAGGGCUCCAGCUCCAAGCAUCCUCCUUGUUUCGGUUAGGCCACAAGUAUCCUGCUUUUGCUUGUGGCUAUCACAGCCAGCCAGCAUUGUUUGUUACCAGCCGAUAAGCGUGCACAUAGAGAGCUGUCUCAGUGCUCUGUGCCACCGAGUGGACGUUUCCCCAGGAAUAGCACAGCCCCCAGCCCCCCCAUGCUCUUUGCUGGUCCUUCAGCCCCGUGUUCAGCAUCUCUGGGGAGCGCAGUGGCACUGUGUGCCUGCGGGCUGAUGUGCACAGGAGAGCACUGUGCUGUGCAUGCCGUGUGAGGAGCAGAAAGGACAACAUCUGCUUGUGUUCGUGUGACCUGCAAUGUGUAGUGUAAUGAUUCACUGGGCACAAAAUUACCAAAGUGGACACUAGGAGGAAGAGAUCUGCUCCUGCAGUGCUUUUAAUAGUAGUUCUCUUUUUGGUGUGCCUACAAAUAAACCCCCAGCACUCUGAAGGAGAUGGGAUGUGGCUGUAGCACCAGAACGGACAGGCACAAGGAAAAGCACAGCCCAGCAGCGCAGCCGCUGCCUUCCUCCAUCUCCACGAGCAGACACAGGACUAAACAGAGCUGCACCAGCAGGCAGGAGAGCCAAAUUCACCUUGGCCACGUGUGUGCAUUUGUCCUGUGCUGGAGAAGCAGCAGAUAGAAAACAGGACACAGGAAGGACAGACUGCAAACACAGCGCAUGUAACAUGGCAGUAGGAAGAAGUGUUGCUCACCAACCUUUCACCACCAUUACUGUUUACCACUUACUGUCCUAUUUCAGACAUGCAAACCAGGCUGAGUAUCUGCAAACGAUUAAAGGCAAUAAAUACCAACCUUGUUUUCCAGCACCAGUAGCUUUUUUUCCGAGCCCUCUUGCUCUGUGGACCUAAUGGAUUUAAGUUUGUUUCAUGCUGUCACAACUGCAGCCAAAAAUGUUCAGACUUGAGCAAUGCCUGCACAAACUCUGCCAAGGCACAAGGAAGGGAACCGACCGCAGCCGCUUUGCUCGAGACUCCCAACCUUUCACAACGCUUUUAUCUCAGAGCAGUUUCACCAGAUGCACUAAAAAAAGCAGCAGGGUGCUGGUGGGAGGAAGGGGGGGAGGAAAGAACAGGCAGAUCCCAAAGGACAGUUUGCAGGUACCUGCCCAGCACCCACCACCUCUGGGAGCUGCAGGGCGAGCUGCUGCCAGGGCACAGGAUGGGCACAGCAACCUUCCCACUUUCAGCCAGUGUCUGGCAGCUGAAUCUCAUCCUGAAUGUAAAUUACAGAGGACUUUUGGCCAAGAUAAGGCCUGAUGCAAGAGACAAAAUAUCCAAGCAUACAGCUCGUAUCUGUACCACUGCCUGCUGCACCAGAGCCUUUCACAGCUCUGAAAAAUGCUGGAACAUCCCAUCAGGUUUCUGCCCAGAACAGCGUUUUGUGCUGUGCCAGAAAACAUAGAUGAAACAUCUUUGGCAAUAUUAAAAGACUUCCUUUAUUCAAAGUCAAGCA